CAGAAUCAGGGAAUCCUGAGUGCAGCCCAUGAGGCCCUCCUCAACCAAGUGAAUGAGCUCAGGGCAGAGCUGAAGGAAGAGAGCAAGAAGGCUGUGAGCUUGAAGAGCCAACUAGAAGAUGUGUCUAUCUUGCAGAUGACUCUGAAGGAGUUUCAGGGGAGAGUUGAAGAUUUGGAAAAAGAACGAAAAUUGCUGAAUGACAAUUAUGACAAACUCUUAGAAAACAUGCUGGACAGCAGUAGUCAGCCUGACUGGAGCAAUGAGCUCAUAGCAGAACGGCUACAGCAGCAAGUCUCUGAGCUGCAGAAUCAGCUGGAUGCUGAGCUGGAGGAGAAGAGAAAAGUUUCUCUGGAGCUGUCCAGGGAGAAAG